CAGAAUGAAUAUUCGUUAUACGAGUCUAUGACCAUAGAUGCACUUGAAAGGUAAUGGAUUAACAACGUCAACCAAAGUCUUUGUAUAACGAGAAACUUGCUUGCUUUGAUGACCUUUACUUCAUGAGUAAAUUUUCAUGGAUUUUAAAGUCAUGAGGGAUUGUGAUGAUGUUUAAGUCAUGAGUCAAUUUAUAUUAACGUGUUAAUGUAACCACUAAUUUUUUCAAUCUAAUUUCCUAAGUUAUAAAAUAUAUGAGCAAUCUACUCCUAUAAAUUCCAAUAGUAGUUAACAGAAAAUUUUAUAAAAUACUAAAGAGUAGGUUUUAAUUAAGGAUUAUAAUUAACCAUACCAAAUGGGAAUGGCCGGUUUCACGGUAGCACUGAUGAUGAUAGGAGUGAUACUCUCUCCUUGUCUCUAUGGAAAAGAGUUCUCCGAUCACCAGGAAAUCAAAGUACAAAGUCUUUUGAAGCGGCUCAACAAGAAUGCUCUUAUGUCCAUUAAGAGCGAAGAUGGAGAUAUAAUAGAUUGUGUUCCAAUAAAUAAUCAACCAGCUUUUGAUCACCCUCUGCUUAGAAACCACACCAUCCAGAUGAGACCGAGCUUCAUACCGGAAAGUACGUCUACGUACACCAAGAAAAAGAUAAAGGCUACUCAGGCGUGGCACAAGAAUGGAAGAUGCCCUAAAAAUACUGUUCCGAUAAGAAGAAUAAAGAAAGAAGAUAUCUUACGAUCAAAAUCCAUUGAGAGUUUUGGGAGAAAGACGAAUCCAAGCAUCCCUGAAGAUAAUACGUAUGAUCCAAGUAGAGGCCAUGAGUACGCGGUCAUGAAUUCCAUGCAAGGAACGUAUUUCGGGACAAAAUGUACAGUAAAUAUGUGGAAACCAGAAGUUCAAGUUCCCGACGAGUUCAGCUUGGCUCAGACUUGGCUCGUGUCUGGAGUUGGCACUACUCGUAACACAAUUGAAGCUGGGUUGCAGGUUUUUCCAAGAAUAUAUGGUGAUAAUAAUCUAAGAUUAUUUGUUUACUGGACGGCCGACGGAUAUCAAAGUACAGGGUGCUACAACAACGCCUGCCCAGGUUUCGUUCAAAGGAGCAAUCGUCUCACUGUAGGUGUAGCCUUCACUACCGUCUCACAAUACGAAGGAGAUCAAUACGAGCUCUCCAUACUUAUAUGGAAGGACGGCGAAAACUGGUGGCUACAGAUUGGUGAAGAGCUUGUCGGGUACUGGCCUGGCCAGUUAUUUAACUCUCUAGGAAAUGGAGCUACUAUAGUUCAAUGGGGAGGUGAAAUCAUUAACAGGGAGACCGAUGGGAAACACACGAGCACCGACAUGGGAAGUGGGCAUUUUGCAGAUGAAGGUUUUAAGAAAGCGAGCUAUUUCAGGAAUCUUAUGACAAUUGAUGGAACCAAUACUCUGACAGAACCACAAGGAGUUUACCCCUCGACAGGUCAUGAUAACUGUUACAACAUUAAGGCAGGAGAUGUUGGAACUUCCUGGGGGGUUAAUUUCUUCUAUGGUGGUCCUGGCCAGAACGAGAGAUGCCCUUGAUUUGGAUCUAUGUGCUCAACAGCUCAAAUAUUUUGAGGAUUUUACAUAUUUGUUUGUAUUUGAAUAUGAACGUGUGAGUAAGUAAAAAAAAAAAUCCGCGUCAAAAAAGUUAAUAUUACGUACUUGUGUCCUUGAAUAACGUGUGUAUAAGUGGAAUAAUAAUUAAUUUCUCUUGA